AUGUCGUCAUCACCGGCGUCGUCCACGGACGUUGCCUCGACCAACGCGUUGGGGUAUCCCAAGCUGCAGCCUCAACAUCCCGUACCGACCGACAUUCAAGUCAGUCAACAAAUUGUCCAGCAAGUUGGACUCUUGCCUCUCUCCGACCUCGCCCAACAACUCGGCUUGACUCCGGACGAGAUCAUUCCGUGGGGCAUUGCCAAGGCCAAGAUCCCCUUGUCGGUCCGGGACACGCGUCGGGCUGUCCCCAACGGCAACUACGUUGUCGUUACGGGGAUUAACCCGACACCGCUUGGCGAAGGCAAGUCCACCACCACCAUUGGACUCGCGCAGGCCUUGGGUGCCGUGCGGGGACGUCCCACCGUGGCCUGUAUCCGACAGCCCUCGCAGGGACCCACCUUUGGUAUCAAGGGCGGCGCCGCCGGAGGCGGGUACGCACAAGUCGUACCCAUGGAAGAAUUCAAUCUACACUUGACGGGAGAUAUACACGCCGUCACGGCCGCCAAUAAUCUACUCGCCGCCGCGAUUGAUACACGAAUCUUUCACGAAGACGCACAGUCCGAUCAAGCUCUCUUUCGCAGACUCUGUCCACCCAACAAACCAUUCUCGCCCGUUAUGCAACGCCGACUCCGCAAGCUCGGUAUCGACCCUCACAAGGCACCGGCCGAUUUGACCCCCGCGGAGCAGUCCAAAUUUGCCCGACUCGAUAUCGAUCCCGAUACCAUUACCUGGCAACGCGUACUCGAUACCUGUGAUCGACAUUUGCGUGUCGUACAAGUCGGAAUCGGUCCCAACGAGAAAGUCACCCCGCGUAGCGACGAUCCCGGACAACCCGCCAAACCGCGAGUCCAACACGAUCGCGUCACGGGCUUUGAUAUUACCGUCGCCUCCGAAGUCAUGGCCGUCCUCGCCUUGGCCCGUAGUUUGCCGGAUUUGCGCGACAAGCUCGGUGCCAUGGUGGUCGCCUACAGUCGGGCCGGCGAGCCCGUCACGGCGGACGAUUUGGGUUGUGGUGGCGCCCUCGCGGUCCUCAUGAAGGACGCCAUUUUACCGACGCUCAUGCAAACUGUCGAACGUACACCCGUCUUGGUCCACGCCGGUCCUUUCGCGAACAUUGCGACGGGAAACUCCUCCGUCGUGGCCGACGAAAUGGCGCUCAAAAUGGUCGGACCCGACGGAUACUGCGUCACGGAAGCCGGAUUCGGCGCCGACAUUGGCAUGGAAAAGUUUUUCAACAUCAAAUGCCGAGCCAGCGGACUGAAACCCAAAUGCGCCGUGAUUGUCGCCACGGUGCGGGCGCUAAAAAUGCAUGGCGGUGGCCCACCCGUGUCGGCCGGCAAACCUUUGCAGCCAGAGUACGUACAGGAAAAUGUUGAACUCGUCCGCCGCGGCGCGGCUAAUCUGGCCCGGCACGUGGAAAACGCCAAAAAAUUCGGUGUUAACGUGGUGGUGGCCGUGAACCAGUUCCAAACCGAUACUCCCGCGGAGAUUGAAGCCGUCCGGCAAGCCGCGCUGGAAGCGGGCGCCUACGAUGCCGUUCUGGCCAAUCAUUGGGCCGAAGGAGGACAAGGCGCCGCGGACCUCGCAAUCGCCGUCGAAAAAGCCUGUGCGGACAAUGACGAAGCCAAUUUUCGAUUCCUCUACGACGUCAACUUGUCCAUUGAAGAAAAGGUCAACGUUAUUGCCAAGGAAAUCUACCGCGCCGACGGUGUCGACUUUUCCAACACGGCCCGGGCGCAGAUGGAAAAGUACGAGGCAUCGGGCUUUGGCAAUUUGCCCAUUUGUAUCGCCAAGACGCAGUAUAGUUUUAGUUGCGAUCCGUCCGCCAAGGGCGCUCCUACCGGAUUUCGCGUUCCGGUCCGCGAAAUCCGUAGCUGCGUCGGCGCCGGAUUUCUCUACCCCAUUUGCGGCGACAUUAUGACUAUUCCAGGACUCCCAACCCGGCCCGGAUUUUACGACGUGGACAUUGAUGAAAAUGGUGGCGUUGUGGGACUGUUCUAA